AUGGAGGAGGAUGCUGAUGCUGUCAGUCUUGCUGCAAGCAGUGCGGCGACAUCAGUCAUGGAAGUUGUGGAUGGAAAGGUUGAAGAGCCGGAGAGUCCGGGACCGUGCUUGGUGGUGGCUCCAGCUCAGCAGUCCAUGGCAGGAGACACAAGCGACUCAGAGUCGGAUGGGGAAGCUCCCUUGCAGCGUCCUGCCACAGGUGACGACAACGAGGAUGAUGAGGCCUGUGUCCAGAAGACUUGGCACAGGGGUGUCAAUUGUGGCUCGUGGGUUGGCACUUUGGGCUCUGCAUGUCUGCAAGCUCAAAGUCAAGUGCUUGUGGCAAAUGUGGUGGCCAAUGUGCAAGCCUGUGAGAAGAAAACAAUGAAGCACGUGUUGUCGCAGAUUCGACCUGGAUGUUCUGUGAGUGGCCAAAAGGUGUCUUUUCCUAUCUUUGCAGCCAGCCGGUUUCUUGGUCUGGGCGCGUAUACCGUGCGCAAUGUGUGGGAGAAGCUGCAGAGGAGCCAGUGGCAGCCCCAGUCCAGCUACGGCGGUCGACAACCGAGACGUCAAAGUGGCUGGGCUUAUGAGCGCCAAGCCGCUCGCUGGAAGGAAGCCGGCGUGCACAUUGGCACCGCGUUACACAGCAGACGAUUUUUCCGGGAGGUGACUCACGUGGCUUCAUUAGUCCUGUCCCAGCUUGAAGGCCUCCAAUGGUCUGUGCCUGUGUUAAGCACCGGGUGCCCUUCAGACUUUGCCCUCAUGCUUGAUCCAGUGUCUUUGGGUUCUGGCUUCAGUGCGAAGCACGAGACGGUUCUCAUGGUGACUAUGAUGCUAGUGAACAGCACUGGAAACCUCAUGGUGCCUAUGUGUGCCUCCCCCACCCUUGGAAUAGGUGAUCACAGAGGGGAUAAGUUGGUCGACCUGACUUUGAAGUGUCUGGAAGAUCAUCCAGGUGUCUUCGAUAGAGAGACCCUGAGGGCCCGACUGAGCCUGGUGGCUGGAGAUGGCGGAAUCGUGGCUGGUGGAAAGCAGCACCGCCACAAAUCAACAGGUGCGGCUGAGAAGCUGUGGAAACGCAUCCACGGUGACUCGGAGUCAGCAAUGGAUUGUGUUGACUGGGAUGCUUUUCACAGAGAUGACAUCAGCUUCAGCCGGGCAGUUGCGAGAACGCAGGCUGCCGCCGAGCUUUUUGCUCUUGCGAAAGAUUUGGACCAUCUCUUCAACUAUGGCGAUGGCAGGAUUAUUUUUCGAUCCUUGCAAAAAGAGCUCGACGUGGCUAGUGGUCAGGUGCGACAGACUGGUGGAACACGAAAGGUUGGUGCCUUGUCCUUGGUGCCUGAAAGCAUACUGCAGCACCUGAAAAGGAUAACCGUGGGUCUACGACUUCGUUACGAGUGGCGCAAAGAGGGCCAUGGUAACUUUACUUUGGAUCGCCUUACUCAAAUCUCAAGACGACUGCUCGAUCCUGCAUUUCUUACCUUCACCAUGCUUAUGAGUGAUGUAACGCGUGGCCCGGUCCGGCACCAUGCCUUGCUUGUGCAAGGUGCAUUGGAGCCAUGGGCUUGCAAACGUGCAGACAGUGCAUAUGUCGACGAACUUAGUGCCUGUUUGCGUGGCUAUGAGUGGUUGGAGACGUGUGUUCAAGUCACGACCUUGCUGGCUCAGCACUGUUCUUUGGCAGAGAGAGCUUGUUUCCUGGUUGCCUGGAGCUCUGAGAAGAAGCAUCGAAUGUACACAGGGACUUUUUUGAAGUUCGCUGCCAAAAUUCUGCUUCAGAUACCACCUUCUGUGGCUGAUGUGGAGCUUGCGGUGGAGUUGCCUGAGCAGUACACCAAAGGCCGUGCCGCAGGACCCCAUUGCCAGUGCCCUGGAGAAUUGCUUUCCUUGAAGAGCCGGGGCAAGGUCCCUUCUGUGAGACUUUGCAACUGGACAGUGCAUGAAAAGCGAAAGUGUGGUCGCAAGUGCAGCAAGCUGUGCGGGAAGGUCCUUCGAGUGCCUUUUUGGGUAGCCCAGUCCUCCAACACGAAAGAUGGUGCUUUGACAGAGAACGUUCCGACAGCCAUGUACCAUUAUGUCCUCAAAGUACUUGAUGGAAUCCGUCUGGCAAGAGGAUUUGUUGAACGCUUGCAGAAUGAAUUUCAGGAAAUUAUUGGCACCGUGGGUGUUAAUGACGAGAUGAUGUUGCUGGUGGAGAAGAUGCAAUCUUGCUUCGCAUGGCAGCGAUUGGUGACUUCACCUCCAUCCCAGACGGAUUGUGAAAGCUUCCUGACUGUUUGGCAACUGCUGGAGCCAUUUUUGGCUAAGUGUCUGUGGCCUGAUCCGCAGGCAUAUCCGUUGCGUAGCUUGAGCUGGGAUUUGGCGGUUAAAGAGAAGGACCGUCAGUAUAGACUGUUCUGCAAGCGAGUGCGGCUAAUUGCUGCUGCGUCCCAGGGAACAGAAAUCAGCUCGGCAGUGCCUGAAGACGUGGCUGCAGAAGCAGCUGGAUGGUGGGAGACAUCAACAUAUGUCGUGCGUCCAGUGUGGGUGCUAGGUUGGGUCAAGAUGUUCCUUCUGAAGAUGCUGCCCCCCAACACGAUCAGAAAGAUUCAGUGGGACAUUACAGACCGAGUGUCUCGAUUUUUGCUGGGUGACAUGCUGCCGGCUGCUGCUUGGUCCAGGCAUGAAGUUCCGGUGCCUGAGGUAUUGGAAGCCUUCAAGUAUGGGAGAAGAAAGAGAAAGAAGACGAUGACUCGGUCUUCAGGUGGCUUGCGGAGUUGGAAGGGGAAGGUGGUGCGAAUUGUUGACAUGCUGCGUCGAAUACGACCGGAACGUGUGUCUGCUACCAUUGAUUCUCAUCCGUGCCUGAUCUGUACUUCGCUGUUGGUUUCGUGCCUGAAGACGGUGCCCCCCUUGCUCGAGCUUCUGCGUGGCAUGCCGUCAGACUUCACCACAGAUGCCGCCUCCUCCGUGGGCCAGAAGCCGCGUGCGAGCGCUUGGGGUCAUUUGCCCACCAGCAAUGGAGGGCUGUUGCUGAGCGCAAAGAUGUCUCCGCUUCACCUUCGACCUGAUGGCAUGACUGAAAGUGGCCACGAUGCGGAGCUCUUCAACAUCCUGCAGGUGAAUGGGCUUGAAGUUGGAGAUGACAAGCUCAAGCUUUGGCAGUGUCUGCGGGCCUUCAGCGACUCCGGCACAGACAACCGGCUUCAUCGACAUUGCGUGUACAUGGACACUGACGCUGGCAAGAAGUGGCAGCAGGAAAGGGACUGGGACAUCAAAGGAGAUUGA